AUGGCGAGUGGUGGGCCAAAGGUGCUGGAAACAGCAGAGGAGAUCCAGGAGAGGCGUCGUGAGGUGUUAAAUCGGUACCAGAGGUUCAAGGAGCUGGUUGCUGAGAGGGGUCAGAAGCUUGAAGAGUCUUAUCACUACCAGGUUUUCAGACGAGAUGCAGAUGACCUGGAGAAAUGGAUCAUGGAGAAACUUAAGAUUGCAGAGGAUAAGAGCUAUGAAGACCCAACUAACAUACAGGGGAAAUAUCAGAAGUAUGAAUCCUUUGAAGCAGAGGUACAAGCAAAAUCAAGGGUCAUUCCUGAACUGGAAGAAAUCUGGAGAGUUCGAUUUACUGAGGGACAUUUUGCCCAUGAGGACACGAAGAAACAUCUGGACGAACUGCGCCAUCUGUGGGACCUGUUGUUAGAGCUGACUCAGGAGAAGGGUAUCCUGCUGCUGCAGGCCCUGAAGUUCCACCAGUACUUACAAGAGUGUGCUGACAUCUUGGAGUGGAUUGCAGACAAGGAAGCUAUUGUGACAUCUGUGGAGCUGGGUGAGGAUUGGGAGCACACAGAGAUUCUGCAUAGGAAGUUUGAAGAGUUCCAAGGGGACCUAACAGCUCGAAAGAGGAGAGUGGAUGCAGUGAACCAAUAUGCCAAUGAGUGUGCUGAGGAGAACCAUCCUAAGCUGACUUUGAUUAAGCAAAAGCAGGAUGAGGUGAAUCCUGCCUGGGAACGUCUCUACAGUCUGGCUCUCAAGCGACAGAAAACACUGUCCGAUGCUAUAGACUUCCAGCGAUUCAAAAGGGAUGUGACUGAAGCCAUCCUGUGGACCAAGGAGAAGGAGCCUCAGCUUACCUCUGAAGACUAUGGCAAAGAUCUUGUUAGCUCAGAGGCACUGUUUCACAGCCACAAGACACUUAAGAGGAACCUCGCAGUCAUGGAUGACAAGGUGAAAGAGUUAUAUGCCAAAGCAGAGAAGCUUAAGCUUUCUCAUCCUUCGGAUGCACCUCAGAUCAAGCAGAUGAAAGAGGAUCUGGUCUCCUCCUGGAAGAACAUUCAGGCCUUGGAUACCAACAGAUUUGCAAAACUGCAGGCUUCUUACGGGUACCAGCGGUUCUUAUCUGACUAUGAUGAGCUCUCAGGCUGGAUGAAGGAGAAGACCACUCUGAUCAAUGCUGAUGAGCUGCCCACAGAUGUGGCUGGUGGGGAAGCCCUGCUAGACAGGCAUCAGCAGCACAAGCAUGAGAUUGACUCUUACGAUGACCGAUUUCAAUCCGCUGAUGAGACUGGUCAAGCCCUGUUGGAUGUAAAUCAUGAAGCCUCUGUGGAAGUUCAGGAAAAGAUGACAGAACUUGCCAAUCAGUGGGCCGCGCUGUUGGAACUGUGGGACAAGCGUCAGCAUCAGUAUGAGCAGUGCUUGGACUUGCACCUCUUCUACCGUGACAGUGAGCAAGUGGACAGUUGGAUGAGUAGACAAGAGGCUUUCCUGGAAAACGAGGACCUGGGAAACUCCUUGGGCAGUGUAGAAGCCCUUCUUCAGAAGCAUGAUGACUUCGAGGAAGCCUUUACUGCCCAGGAGGAGAAGAUCACAACCUUAGACAAGACUGCAACCAAACUGAUUGAUAAUAAGCAUUAUGAUUCAGAGAACAUCGCUUCUAUCCGUGACCAGCUGUUGGUUCGGCGGGAUGUCCUACGUGACAGGGCUGCUGUUCGACGCAGAUUGCUGAAGGAGUCUUUGCUUCUGCAGCAGAUGUAUCAGGACUCAGAUGACCUAAAGAACUGGAUCAACAAGAAGAAAAAGUUGGCAGAUGAUGAAGAAUACAAAGAUAUACAGAACUUGAAGAGCCAGGUACAAAAGCAACAAGCCUUUGAAGAAGAACUGGCAGCUAAUGAGAUUCUGCUCAAUAACCUAAAAAUGACUGUCCAGAAAAUGAUUGAGGAUAAUCACUAUGCCUCUGACACUGCAGCCGCUCGUGUGAGUGAAGUUGCCAGCCUCUGGGAGAAAUUGCUGCAGGCUACAGCACAGAGAGGGACUGAGUUGGAGAAAGCCAACAAGCUGCUGCAAUUUGAAAAUAAUGCAGAAGAUCUGAAGCACUGGCUGAUGGAGGUUAAGUGGCAGGCUUCCUCUGAGGACUAUGGGAAAGGCCUGGCAGAUGUACAGAAUCUACUCAGGAAACAUGGGCUUCUGGAGUCUGCUGUGGCUGUUCGUCAGGAUCAAGUGAACACCCUUAAAGACCUGGCAACAUAUUUUGAAGAAACAGGCCAUCCUGAGGUUGGGGACAUACAGGAAAUGCGGGAGUCCCUGGUGUCCCAGUUUGAAGGCCUGAAAGAGCCACUGGCCACCCGGAAGAAGAAACUCAUUGACCUUCUCCUCCUGCAUCAGAUCUACAGAGACACAGAGGACGAGGAGGCCUGGAUCCAAGAGACUGAACCCUCAGCAGCUUCCACCUACCUUGGCAAGGAUUUGAUUGCCUCCAAGAAUCUUCUGAACAGACACCAAGUCAUUCAGGCUGACAUUGCCAGCCAUGAGCCACGCAUUCAAUUGAUAACGGAGAGAGGAAACAAAAUGGUAGAGGAAGGACACUUUGCUGCAGAAGAUGUGGCCUCAAAGGUUAAGAGUUUGAAUGAGAAUAUGGAGUCUCUCCAGGCUCGAGCUGCUAGACGGCAGAAUGAUCUUGAGGCCAUUGUCCAGUUCCAGCAGUACCUGGCUGACCUGCAUGAAGCAGAAGCAUGGAUUAGAGAGAAGGAACCUAUUGUAGACAACACUAACUAUGGAGCUGAUGAAGAAGCAGCUGAGGCUCUUCUAAAGAAGCAUGAGGCCUUUCUAGUGGAUCUCAAAGCAUUUGGAAACAGUAUGAAAGCUCUACAGGAUCAGGCAGAAGCCUUCCAGCAACAACAGGCUGCACCAGUGGAAGGAGCUGCUCGAGAAGUGAGGGUUAUGGCUUUAUAUGACUUCCAGGCCCGCAGCAACCGAGAAGUCACCAUGAAGAAAGGUGAUGUCUUAACUCUGCUCAGUUCCAUCAACAAGGACUGGUGGAAGGUGGAAGCUGAUGAUCACCAGGGCUUUGUGCCAGCUGUCUAUGUCAGGAAGCUGGCCCAUGAUGAGUUUCCUAUGCUCCCUCAGCGGCAGCGAGAAGAACCAGGCAGCAUCACCCAGCGCCAGGAACAGAUUGAGAAACAGUAUCGCUCCCUCCUUGAUCGGGCAGAAGAACGCAGACGUCGUCUAUUGCAACGAUACAAUGAGUUUUUGCUGGCCUAUGAGGCAGGAGACAUGCUGGACUGGAUCCGAGAGAAAAAGGCAGAAAACACUGGGGUAGACCUAGAUGAUGUUUGGGAGCUGCAGAAAAAGUUUGAUGAGUUCCAAACGGAUUUGAAGACCAAUGAGCCUCGGCUGAAGGAUAUCAACAACAUAGCUGAUGAUCUUCUAUUUGAAGGCCUUCUAACACCAGAAGGAACUCAAAUACGGAAGGAGUUGAAUACCCGCUGGGACUCCUUGCAGCGGCUUGCAGAUGAACAGCGCCAGAUGCUGGGCAGUGCCCAUGCUGUCCAGAUGUUUCACAGAGACGCAGAUGACACGAAGGAGCAGAUUGAAAAGAAGUGCAAGGCCCUCAGUGCCGCUGAUCCUGGCUCAGACCUGUUCAGUGUUCAGGCUCUUCUGCGACAGCAUGAGGGCUUUGAGAGAGAUCUCGCACCCCUGGGGGAAAAGGUGACUGUACUGGGGGCAACAGCAGAGUGGCUCUGUGAGGCCCACCCAGAUGCCAUUGAUGACCUGAAUAAGAAGCGAAUGGAGCUGAAUGAGGCCUGGGACAACCUGCUGGGGUGUACAAAGGAUCGUAAGGAGAAUCUAAAUGAGGCCCAAAAAUUCUACCUCUUCCUCAGCAAGGCCAGGGACCUACAGAAUUGGAUCAGUGGCAUUCAUGGCAUGGUAUCAUCACAGGAGCUGGCUGAAGAUUUAAUUGGCACAGAGAUCUUGAUAGAGCGACAUCAGGAUCAUCAUGCUGACAUGAAUGCCAAGGCUCCCACCUUCCAGGACUUAGAAGAUUUUGCUACAGAACUUAUAAUCAGUGGUCACCAUGCCAGUCCUGAAAUUGAAGAAAAGCUUAAAGCUGUCAGGAUAGAGAGGGAUGAUUUGGAGAAAGCUUGGGAACAACGCAAGAAGAUGCUAGAUCAGUGUCUGGAAUUGCAGUUGUUCCAAGGGAACUGUGAUCAGGCUGAGAGCUGGAUGGUGGCACGUGAGAAUGUCCUGAGGUCAGAUGAUAAAGGUUUCUUAGACAGUCUAGAGGCCUUGAUGAAGAAACGUGAUGAUUUGGACACAGCAAUCACUACCCAGGAAAAGAAGAUCACAGAACUAGAACAUUUUGCUGAACGGCUCAUAGCUGAUGACCACUAUGCCAAGGAAGAGAUUGCUGCUCAGCUCCAACAUGUGCUAGACAGGUGGAAGGCACUAAAAGCACAGCUGACUGCUGAGCGGAUGAAACUCGGCGACUAUGCUGACCUGAAACAAUUCUACCGUGACCUUGAAGACCUGGAAGAAUGGAUCAGCAGUAUGCUGCCCAUAGCCUAUGAUGAAUCCUACAAAGACCCCACCAACAUUCAGAGGAAAUACCUGAAGCACCAAACCUUUGAAAAUGACGUCUAUGGCCAAGCUGAGCAUGUGAACCGAGUCAUCAACAUGGGGAAUUCCCUGAUUGAGCGGCGGGCAUGUGAUGGCAAGGAAGAGAUCGUGAAGGGUCAAUUGGAAGAGCUGCAGAAACACUGGGAUGACCUGUAUACAAGAACAAUUGACAAAGGAGAGAAGCUCAACGAGGCUAGUCGCCAACAAAGGUUCAACACAGGCAUCCGAGACUUUGAGUUCUGGCUCUCAGAGGCAGAGACACUGCUGGCCAUGAAAGAUCAGGCAAGGGACUUGGCAUCUGCAGGAAACCUGCUCAAGAAGCAUCAGCUAUUGGAAACAGAGAUGUUGACCCGAGAGGAUGCACUCAAGGACCUGAAUCAGCUGGCUACGGAUCUGCUCUCCAGUGGGACAUUCAACGUUGAGCAGAUUGUGGAGAAAAGGGAUAAUGUCAACGACCGCUUCCUGAAUGUCCAGAACUUAGCAGCUGCACACCAUGAGAAACUGAAAGAGGACUAUGCCUUGUUCCAGUUCUUCCAAGACCUGGAUAAUGAGGAAUCCUGGAUACAGGACAGGUUGAGUCGAGUGAGCUCCGAGGACGAUGUGAAGGAUCUGCUGGGGGUUCAGAACCUAAUGAAGAAGCACAAACGCCUAGAAGGGGAACUGGUGGCACAUGAACCUGCCAUCCAGAAUGUGCUGGAUAUGGCAGAGAAGCUAGGUGACAAGGCUGCUGUGGGACAAGAAGAGAUCCAAAAGCGACUUGCUCAGUUUGUUGAACACUGGGAGAAGCUCAAAGAGUUGGCCAAGGCUCGAGGGCUUCAACUGGCAGAGUCUCUAGAAUACUUGCAGUUCAAGGAGAAUGCUAAGGAGGAGGAAGCUUGGAUCCGUGAAAAGGAAGCUAUCGUUGCCCAAGGGGAGUCUGGAGACACAUUGGCUGCUACUCAGAGCUUGCUAAAGAAGCAUGAAGCAUUGGAUAAUGACUUUGCUGUCCAUGAGACCAGAGUGCAAAGUGUGUGUGCUCAAGGAGAAGACAUCCUGGGCAAGGAGGGAAGUCAUCACAAGGAGAAGAUUUCUGCCAAGAUAUAUGCUCUCAAUGAAAAGGCCCCUUCUCUGGCCAAGGCAAUAGCUGCCAGGAAGUCACAGUUAGAAGAUGAAUAUGCCUUUCAGCAAUUUAAUUGGAAGGUUGACGUGGUAGAAGCCUGGAUAGCUGAGAAGGAAGCAAGCCUGAAGAUCAGUGGAAAUGGUGCAGACCUCGCUGGCUUUCUCGCUCUCCUGGCAAAACAGGACACACUGGAUGCCAGUCUGGAGAGCUUCCAGAAAGAGAGACUGCCAAAGAUAACUGACCUAAAGGACCGACUGGUGGCAGCUCAGCAUAGCCAGACCGAAGCCAUUGAGGAGCGCCAUGCUGCCCUGCUGAGGCGCUGGGAACAGCUGCUGGAAGCCUGUGAAGCCCACAGACAUAAAUUGCUAGAGAAACAGCUGCCCCUGGAGGAGGCUGAGAAGUUAUUCAUGAAAUUUGCAGAAAAGGCUUCAGCUUUCAACAACUGGUGUGAAAAUGCUGAGGAGAACCUGUCAGAGCCUGUGCACUGUGUCUCCCUGAAUGAGAUUCUGCAGCUGCAGAAAGACCAUGAGGUCUUCUUGGCCUCCUUGGCAAAGGCCCAAGCAGAUUUCAACGAUUUGCAGGAGCUAGACCAGCAGAUGAAGGCCUUAAAUGUGCCUUCCAGCCCUUAUACCUGGUUAACAAUGGAGGUGCUAGAAAAGAUCUGGAAGCACCUAUCUGACAUCAUCAAGGAACGGGAGCAGGAGCUACAAAAGGAAGAGGCAAGACAGGUCAAGAAUUUUGAGAUGUGCCAGGAGUUUGAACAAAAUGCCAGUGCCUUCCUUCAAUGGGUCUCAGAGAACAGAGCUUAUUUUCUGGAUGGAUCUUUGCUCAAAGAAACAGGAACUCUGGAAUCCAAGUUGGAAGCAAAUAAAAAGAAGCAGAAGGAGAUCCAGGCGAUGAAGCGUAAUCUGACCAAGACUGGGGACCUGGGGGACAGCUUAGAAGAGGCUGUGGUCCUGGACAUCAAAUACAGCACCAUUGGGCUGGCCCAGCAGUGGGACCAGCUCUCCCAGCUUGGGAUGGAAAUGCAACAUAACCUGGAGCAACAGAUCCAAGCCAAAGACACCUUAGGUGUGAGUGAGGAGACACUAAAGGAGUUUAGCACAAUAUAUCAACACUUUGAUGAGAAUUUAACAGGACGCUUGAGUCACAAAGAUUUCCGGUCCUGCCUGAGAGCACUCAACUACUACUUGCCCAUGGUGGAGGAGGAUGAAACUGAGCCCAAGUUUGAGAAAUUCCUAGAUGCUGUUGAUCCAGGAAGGAAGGGCUAUGUCUCAAAAAAGGACUAUACCUCAUUCCUGGUUGACAAGGAGUCAGAGAACAUCAAGUCCAGCAAUGAAAUAGAGAAUGCUUUCGAAGCCCUGGCAGAGGGCAAGGCCUAUAUUACCAAAGAGGACAUGAAACAGGCCCUAACCCCGGAACAAGUGUCAUUCUGUACCUCACAUAUGCAGCAAUAUGUGGACCCAGAGGGCCGAAGCCACCUUUCUGGCUAUGACUAUGUUGGCUUCACCAAUUCCUACUUUGCCAAUGGAGAAGCAGCUUCUUCUGAAUCAUAG